UAUGACGAUAGUUCACAGUUUUCUCUUCAAUGAUUCAUGGAAUGAUUAUUACAGACGCAGCAGAAAACAGGUUUUCUUUGACAGCCUGAUUUCCAUAUUUAUCAUCAACAUGGCGACACGACUUCCUGCUCAGCCGCUCUCACCUGUUGCUGACUCCUCAGCAGGCCAGGUGUGUCAGAACAGGAAUGCAGUCAGAUCUGCCUAAUGGUCACAUGGGCAGCAGCGAGGGCUGCUAUUGGCUGUCAUUCAGAGAAGGUCGGCUGCACCUGAAGGCCACCAGAGAUCCAGUCAGACUGAUUCCAGAGCUGCAGAGUGAUGGGUCAGGGCAGAUCCACCUGCCCUCAGGUGUUGAUCAUGGGUCUGGACUCUGCGGGGAAGUCCACCCUGUUGGCCCAGAUCCUGACCGGACAGACGGUCAACACCUCGCCGACCGUGGGCUUCAACGUGGGAACGCUGGAGCUGAACAAGCAGUCGUCUCUGACGUUGUGGGACAUUGGUGGACAGAAGAGCAUGAGACAAAACUGGCAGUACUACCUGGACGAGUGCAAGGCGUUGGUGUUCGUGGUGGACAGCACCGAUGCGGGUCGCAUGCCAGAGGCGCAGAAAGCUCUGAAGAGCAUCCUGAGCGACGAGAGGCUGCGGGGAGUUCCUCUGAUGGUUCUGGCCAACAAGAAGGAUCUGCCCAACAGCAUGACCAUACGGGAGGUGUCCAACAAGUUGAACCUGAACAGUUUCACAGACAGAGUGUGGGAGAUCCAGGCCUGCAGCGCCACCCAGGGGCUGGGGCUGCAACAGGCCUUCCUGACGGUCAACAAACUGAUCAAGAGGAGCUGAGAGGAAAUCCACAUCUACAGACAGAAAUUCGUUUAACCUCAGGAUUUUAUUUAUACAGAUUAAUAAAAGUUUUAGUGAUGA